GCCUGGACACACAGGGCUCUCCCUCCCCACAACCCUCACGUCUACGUCCAAAGUCGGGGCACCCUCCUACCACCUGUAGAGAAGAAGGAGUGGAUUUGAAAUCAAGUCCAGGUAUCUGGGGUCCCAAGACAGAACUGGACUUCGGACCCGGUCACCUGCUGCUUCUGCUGGGGCUCCUCCAGAUGUUAUGGAGCUGGGUCUGUCUCCGCCUCAUCUCAGCAGCUCCCCAGAAGACCUGUACUUGGCCCCUGGGACCCCUCCUGGGACUCCCCCACCUCCCGAUGCCCCUUUGCCUGGGGAGGUGAAGAGGUCCCAGCCUCUGCCCAUUCCGACCAGCAGGAAUCUUCUUCGAGAGGAGGAGCUGCGGGCAACCUCUCUACCCUCCAUCCCCAACCCCUUCCCUGAGCUCUGCAGUCCUCCUUCACAGACCCCCAUUCUUGGGGGGUCCUCCGGUGCAAGGGGGCUGCUCCCUCGAGACACCAGCUGCCCCCAUGUAGUGAAGGUGUACAGCGAAGAUGGGGCCUCCCGGUCUGUGGAGGUGGCGGCGGGCGCUACGGCCCGCUACGUGUGUGAGAUGCUGGUGCAGCGAGCUCAUGCCCUGAGCGAUGAAAGCUGGGGGCUGGUGGAGUGCCACCCCCAUCUAGCACUGGAGCGGGGCUUGGAGGACCAUGAGUCCGUGGUAGAAGUGCAGGCUGUCUGGCCCAUUGGUGGAGACAGCCGCUUUGUCUUCCGGAAGAACUUCGCCAAGUAUGAACUGUUCAAGAGCUCUCCACACUCCCUGUUCCCAGAAAAGAUGGUCUCCAGCUGUGUGGACACACCGACAGGCAUAUCCCACGAAGACCUCAUCCAGAACUUCCUGAAUGCAGGCAGCUUCCCAGAGAUCCAGGGCUUUCUGCAGCUACGGGGGUCCGGACGGAAGCUUUGGAAACGCUUCUUCUGCUUCCUGCGCCGCUCUGGCCUCUAUUACUCCACCAAGGGCACCUCCAAGGAUCCCAGGCACCUGCAGUAUGUCGCAGAUGUGAAUGAGUCCAACGUGUAUGUGGUGACCCAGGGUCGCAAGCUCUAUGGGAUGCCCACCGACUUUGGCUUCUGUAUCAAGCCGAACAAGCUUCGAAACGGCCACAAGGGGCUUCGGGUCUUCUGCAGUGAGGAUGAACAGAGCCGCAGCUGCUGGUUAGCAGCUUUCCGCCUCUUCAAGUAUGGGGCGCAGCUGUAUAAGAAUUACCAGCAGGCACAGUCUCGCCACCUGCGUCCAUCCUGUGUGGGUUCUCCACCGUUGAGGAGUGUCUCUGAUAACACCCUGGUGGCCAUGGACUUCUCUGGCCGUGCUGGGCGUGUCAUCGAGAACCCCCGGGAAGCUCUGAGUGCAGCCCUGGAGGAAGCCCAGGCCUGGAGGGUGAGGGGCCUACACCCCUGUGCAUGUUUGUCCUAGGGAUCUUUUCUCUGGGUGUGUGUGUGUGUGUGUGUGUGUGUGUUUAAGAGGGGG